AUGAAAUUAAAUCGUAAUUAUUUUAUUCCGUUAAACCUCGUAUCCUUAUACUGUUUGGGCAUCGAUAUGGGUCGUUUGUAUAUGAAGUAUUCAAAAACUGCGAUCUCUAAAAGGUUCAAGUAACAGCAGUUUUGGAAAUCCGGACCCGCCACUCUGUCGGGCUCAGGUGGUGUCGCCAUUUUGUUCUAAACCGCUACCAGCCUCCUGAAAUCUGUACGCACGUUUUGGCGUGAGUGUAGUUUUGUAUAUGAAAUAUCAAGCAAAUACAUAAGGAAGACCAAGAUGCCUGUUAAGUUUGAACUACCAGAUAUCCUCGAUAACCCAGAUGGGUGGGGACCGAGUUCAAUACCGGAAAAAUUCGCCGACAUGCCUUACCAGCCGUUCUCCAAAGUUGAUCGACUUGGAAAGGUGGCUGAUUGGACCGGGAAUACGUAUCAGGAUAGACGAUCAGUGAGCAAAUACAGCUCUCAAUUCGCCGGCCAGGGCUCUCAGUACGCGUACUAUCACGACGAAGAUGACUCGUCAUUCCAAUUAGUCGACACUUCAAAGGCUCAUAAGCCAUUGCACCAGCGUGGAAGGUUUAGCAAAAUCAACCAGAGGCUGAAUCAGAGACAACGCCAACAGCAUAAGCAACAACUUCAACAGAUGCAGGUGCUUUCUCGUGCGGGUAAAGGUCGGGAGCGUGAACGCAUUCAGCAGGUUCGCAAGUGGCAAAAACAGAUGCGACAGAAGUACGACAAUCGUCAGGGUAACCAGAAUAACCAGAUCAAAAACCGUGAGGCCUCCGUUAGCGUGCGGCCCACGUGGAAGGUUCUGGAAGAGAUGGACUUUCCCCGGCUGGGCAAACUUUCCCUGCCUGGCAUUGAGGAACCUCGUGACGUGUACCGCUGUGGCACAAUGGAAUAUUUCGACAAAAGUUUCCAGAACGUGAAUUGCAGAAAUGAGCGUCCUCUGCAGCGUGUGAAUAGGGUGUUCCACACAGUUUCGACCACUGAUGAUCCCGUGAUUCGAUCACUAGCAAUGAAGAAGUCCAUUGAUGGAAUGGUUGAAGGCACCGACGUCAGUAAGGUUCGGGUUUAUACUACAGAUACGAUUAUUUCGACGCUGAUGUGCGCUACUCGUUCAGUAAAUUCAUGGGAUGUUGUCGUCCAUAAGAUCGAUGAUAUUGUUUUUCUCGACAAGCGCAAUACUGAGUUCGACCACAUUCCGGUGAAUGAGACAGCAGCUGAGCCCCCUCAUGAUGAAGGAAACUCGAUCAAUUCACCACGUAACUUAGCAUUGGAAGCUACCUAUAUUAAUCACAAUUUCUCGCAACAGGUACUGAAAAGUGAUGAUGAGAAGGUAUCUUUUGAGAACUCGAAUCCAUUCACUUCAGAAAGUGUUAGCUCAGGUGCGAAAGGCGAGUUAGCGUCAGUGGGCUACCGUUAUCGUCAGUUUGGCCUCGGCGAUGGAAUUGGCCUCAUCGUUCGGUGCGAACACGAUGGUGUCAUGACCGGCCCUAAUGGAGAAGUUCAGUACAUCAACAUCAAGGCGCUUAACGAGUGGGAUGCGCGUUAUUCAGGUGGUAUUGACUGGCGUCAGAAAUUGGAUUCACAACGUGGCGCCGUCCUUGCUAAUGAGCUGAAAAAUAACUCGUGCAAACUGGCUAAAUGGACCGUACAGGCUAUCCUCGCUGGUUCCCAACAAAUCAAGUUCGGCUAUGUAAGCCGAGUCCACGUUAAAGAUACGUCGAAACACGUCAUACUGGGAACGCAACAGUUCCGCCCAAAGGAAUUCGCAGAUCAGAUCAAUCUAAGCAUGGAUAACGCGUGGGGUGUUCUGCGUUAUGUCGUCGAUACAUGUUUGAAGCUUGACAAUGGCAAAUAUUUAUUCCUCAAGGACCCGAAUAAGCCUGUCGUGCGAUUGUAUGACAUUCCUAACGAUUCCUUCGAAAGCGACGAAGACGAAUCGAGCGAGGAAGAGGACAACGGCACGACAAACAAUCAGACCAAUGAACAACCUGAACCCGAAGUGUCCAACAAAUAGGUUGCUACCGUUUGAUAUCGUAGCUCGGUGGAAUGAAUCAACGAGUCGAUUGACCAUGAUCUUUAAAGAAAUUCAUUCAUUUAUCGAUAAGUCUAUACAAAACGCAUUUACCAUACGUGAAAUCAUUACUUAGAAUACUUGAAAUCCUUAAAUGAAAAGCUAGACCUUCAUUACUGGAUGUGAUAAAUAAAAGCGUAGAUUUGCCAAUUGA